AUGGGCAGUAUCGAGGUCACAAGUAUAGGCUUCAUCGGCCUUGGAGCCAUGGGGUCUCCGAUGGCCGGCCAUCUGGCAGCAAAACUGCCCGAAGAGACGCAUAUCUUCGUGUUCGAUGUCGUGCAGAGUCUGGUGGAUCAGAUAUGUCAACAAUAUCCACAAAAGGUCACAGGCUGUUCAAGCGCAAGAGAGGUGGCCGAGAAGUCGAAAAUCAUCUUCACGAUGCUUCCGGAGGGCAAGCACGUCAGAUCGGUGUACACUGAAGGUCCCGACUGCAUAUGUUCGACCGACGUCGCGAACAAGCUGCUUGUGGACUGCUCGACCAUCGACACAGCAAGCAGUCUUUACGUGAAAGACUUCAUCGCAGAACGCUUUCCCACCGCUUCCUUCUACGACGCGCCCGUGAGCGGUGGCGUGGUGGGUGCGCAAAAAGCCAGCAUUGCCUUUUUCUUUGGCUGCAAAGAGGAUGAUGAAAACCUGCCUCGGCUGAUGCGGCUUCUAGAGAUGAUGGGCAAGCAGAUUAUACCGUGCGGGGGGCCUUCACUGGGCCUCGCAGCCAAACUGUCGAACAACUACCUGUCGGGCGUCAUUGCGAUUGCGUGUUCCGAGGCAUUUGACAUGGGAAUGCGAAGCGGCCUUGAUCCGCGGGUGCUGGCCAAGGUCUACAACGCCGGGACGGCUCAGAAUACCAUUUCCGACCGCUUCUGUCCCGUACCAGGGGUUUAUCCUGAAGCGCCGUCGACCAAGGGCUAUACCAACGGAUUCAAAGUGCAACUGAUGCGAAAAGAUUUCUCCCUGGCCGUCGAGAUGGCAGAGAGGGUCGGGUCGAAGAAUGUCCUCGGUCAAAUUGGCCUUGACACCUACGACAAAGCAAGCAAAGACGAGCGUUGUCGGGACCUGGACUCCAGAGUCGUGUACCGAUAUCUUGGAGGGAAUGAGGAUUGGCAGAAAGAUCACCAAUAG